AUGGAUUGUGGAGAGUCGAUGAAGGUCGGCAAUGAGCUUAUCACGACUUUGAUUGAGCGUUGGAGGCCGCAGACACACACUUUCCAUCUAUUGAUUGGAGAGGCGACGGUGACCUUAGAAGAUAUACAAGCCAUUUGGGGCUUGAGAGCGGACGGUCGCGUUUUCACAGGCCGUGACCAUCAUGUCGGAUAUCCCGAUUGGCCUAGCAAGUGCCGAGAUUUGUUGGGAUGGAUACCAGAUACAAACACAGAGACAAAGCAAGGCGGUUUGCUGAUGACCGCUUUGAUCAACCAAACGAGGAUAUCUUUGGGUGAUGACCUACCUACAUAUGUAUACAUCCAAAUGGCACGUAUCCAUGCCCUAAUUUUGUUAGGAGGACUCAUUCUACCAGACACCACGGGGUGUAAGGUUCCUUUUAUGUGGUUGAAUGCAUUUGAGGAUCCGGACGAGGUGCAGAAUAUUAGUUGGGGAAGUGCGGCUUUAUCGUACCUAUAUCAUUAUCUGUGCGAGACUUCCAUGGAUAAGAGUAAAGAGUUGGGCGGGCCUAUGAUGCUUCUGUGGAAAGGAACUACGCAAAUAGGAAAUGCUCCUAGAUAUUCGGUUGAGCAUUACCGUGAUCAAAUAUCCCCGGUUAGACCUGACCAGUUUCUGUGGACGCCAUAUGCACAUUGCAUACUGACUGACUACUGCAGUGAUGUGAAUGGAUGCUCCUUGUGCGACACUUACUUGGUGUGUUGGGCUUAUGUCGAGGCACAUGAGGCUGGACGAGUGCGCCGACAGUUUAAUCGGUACCAGGAUAUUCCUCAAUUUGUAGAUAGGAUGCUAAAAAAUGCCGAUCAUUUGGGCAAAAAUGAUCGGCAUGGUAAGAAGGGUAACAAUUAG